UCCAAUAGUAAAAUUUUUCUUUCUUCCUCUCUCUCUCUCUAUUUCUUUCUCUUUCUCUCUUUCUCUCUCUCUCUCUCUCUCUUUAUGACUCAUUUAGUCAAUCAACGAUAUGAUGUUGUUACGCCUGAGAGGUCAGUUCCAUCCAGCCCAUCAUUAUCUCCAGCAGUUGUGACGCAUACGAUAGCCACUAGCAGCAAACCACAGCGUAGAUCUUGGGAUCCAUCCGCUGUAGACUUAUCAGAAUUAUCAAAACUACUUGCAAAAGGAAGCAAUAACAGCACAGGCAAACAAAAGAGCUCACGUCCUCGUUCACAACUCUUUCAGUCUUCUAAACCACCUUCACCCACACUCUCUACGUCAUCUGCAGAACCCACUUUUUACACAAAUUCCAAUGCAGCAGCACCUAUUCUUUCUCAACAUCAACAGCCCCGACCUGUUUUAUCACACCGACCAGCAAGUACUUGUUCAACACCCCCACCAUCUCAAUUCGUAUUUAAAAAACCUGAAUACAACGAAGCGUAUCACCAAACACAUUUUCACCGUAAUAACCCACCUCCUCAAUUGCAACAAGACCGCAAAGAUCUGUUUUUGGCUUGGUCUGAUUUGAGACGGUUUUUUGUCAAUACACAACAACAACAACAACAGCAACCAUACCCUGUGUCACCAUCAUCGCCAACCCAAUCGAAUCACUCUCAAGAAGAAUACACAAAGCCUGAUACGUUUGCUAAUCAGUUCAGACAAGAUAUUGGUGGGCGUUAUGGCACUUGGGGAAGAUAUAUUGGAAAAGGAGCUGGAGGCUCAGUUAGACUGAUAAGACGUUCAGCAGACCAAAAGACAUUUGCGGUUAAACAGUUCCGGAAAAGAUUAUCUCAUGAAAGCGAAAAGGACUAUAUAAAGAAAGUCACUGCCGAAUUCUGUAUCGGUUCCACACUUCACCAUCCCAACGUUAUUGAGACACUUGAUAUCAUUCAAGAAGACGACACCUUUUAUGAAAUUAUGGAAUAUGCACCCAACGAUUUGUUCAAUGUUGUCAUGAGUGGCAUGAUGUCUCGAGAGGAAAUUGCUUGCUGCUGGCGUCAAUUGCUAAAUGGCCUGGAAUAUUUGCAAAGUAUGGGCAUUGCUCAUCGUGAUAUCAAACUCGAUAACUUAGUUUUGGACCACCUUGGUAUACUAAAAAUCAUUGAUUUUGGCUGUUCAACAGUAUACAAAUAUCCAUUUGAAGACACAGUUACUCAUACCAAAGGCAUUUAUGGCUCAGAUCCUUAUAUUGCACCUGAACAAUAUACACAACCUACUUACGAUCCCCGUCUCUCCGAUAUUUGGUCAUGCGGUAUUGUUUUCCUCUGUAUGACCAUACGAAGAUUCCCGUGGAGGAUACCUCGUUUGACAGAUCCCUCGUUCCGUGCUUAUGCUACAAACCAUAAUCAACAGCAAUUUAGACUUUUAAAGCUUUUACCACGUGAAUCAAGACCUGUCAUGGCCGGCAUCUUGGAUAUAGAUCCUAGUCGAAGAUCCAAUCUACAGACUAUUUUAGCAGAUAAAUGGGUACAGCAGAUAGAUGUCUGUCAAGUCCAUGAGCCAGGCAAGCGUCAUGUUCAUCAUGUCCUGACGCUUUCUUCCUCAAGCAGUGGUCGAGAUAAUCUAGUGGUAGUUACACCUGAACCUCCUGGUGUGAUUGCUGAAAAGGAAAAAAGAAAACGAUCAAGUAGACCGGCUUCACCCUCAAUACCUCAUAAGGCUGUCAUCAACGCAGCGAAUCAGGCUGCUGCUGCUGCCGUUAAAAAUUCAAAUUUUUAUUUCAACAUGGAAAAGUUUAAGGAGAAAAUUGCUGCCCUUCGUUCUGAGACAGAAGAAGCUAAUGCACGCGCUGAUGAAUAUGAAGCUCAAAUCAAGCAACUUGAAGCCGAACAUACUUCCAAAGACCAUGAAAUUCUCUCUCUUCAAAACCGCAUCAAGGUCUUGGAAGAACAGUUAGAAACAGCUGAAGAUAAAAUCAAGACAAUAAAUGAAAAUUUUAAUCAAGCCGAUUUAAAGGCAGAAGAAGCGGAAAGAAAGGUGUCCAGUCUUGAACAAGAAUUGGUAGACAUGGAAGAAAAGCAUGAACAAUUAAAGGAAUUACACAAGACAACUCAAGCAGAAUUAGAUGAGCUGACACGCCAAUUUGAUGAUAUGUAA